AUGUCAAACCAUAAGCAACCAACUGCUAGUGGGAGUAGACCAAAAUCCUCUGCUAGGGUUUUUGCCAUGGACUAUCAGGCAACCCAUUCAUUUGUGAAUCCUGCUUUUAUGUGUGGUAUUGAUGUGAAUCCUGUUAAAUUGCCCUAUGACUUGGAAGUUAAAGCACUUACUGGGAAUCGAAGCCUAAUUACCAAUAUAGUUUGUAAAAAUUGUGAGAUUUGGGUAGGAGAACGGAAGUUGGUGGGAGACUUGAUAAGUUUAGACCUUAAGGGGUACGACAUGAUUAUAGGCAUGGAUUUGUUGGCCCGUUAUAAUGCCCAAUUGAACUGUAAAACUAAGGUGAUGGAAUUCUUGAUACCCGAAGAUGCCACUCUAAGGUUGGAUGUGAGAGGUAGGUUAGUCUCGUCUGCACUUGUUUCGGAAAUUCGAGUUAGGAAGUUAUUGAGAAAAGGGGCGCAGGGUUACUUAGCUUUCUUGAUUAACACUCCUGGAGAUAAGGUGAAAAUGGAGGAUGUGUUAGUACUAAAUGAAUUUCCUGAUGUUUUCCCUGACGAGUUGAAGUCGAUGCCACCAGAGAGGGAAAUAGAAUUUAAGAUCGAUUUGGUACUUGGAACCACUCCUAUUGCAAAAACACCAUACUGA